AGCCGGCCGACUUACCCACCUACCAAUACCCAUGAGCGCUCGCUGUGCUGAGCCAGUUAACCAGCGCGAUUCCACCAGCGUUACCUAACCAGCAGCCGCGGUGCUUUUUGGUUACUGUAGCCUAUUUGUAACAUUAAUUCUAUGGGAGUCCGCUUGCUGCUUAACGCUGUUCUUAAUUAAUACGGUAAAAGUCAGCUCGCUGCAGGACUAGGUAUAGCCAGUGAACUAGAUGUAAUAGAUGCAUUGGUGUCACUUGGUAUCGCUUCCACAGGGACUAACUGGAUGAGCGCAUUCAUUUCACUGCUGGUUUCAGUGACCAGCGCAGUGCGGCUCAGUAUUAAUGUGGUUUUUAAACACCUGCAAGGGAUUUUUGCAGGAAAUGAGUUUCGCCCAGACUGCUCGCAUCUCUGCAUGGUCCCGGGCAGCUUUACAUAAGGCGACCCCGCUGUUUGUUACACGGUGUAAAUGAAGUGGAUAAUGAUGCGGAAUGUGGUAAAUCAGCGCCGCUUUUUGCUGGAUCCGGACUCUCUCCUGUCUUCUGGAGUCAGUCUGCGCAGAUUGAGGUCAUUGCCGGGAACGACAGCAGCUGAAUGCGAGUCCAAUUUGAAAAAGAUCUACACUGUUCAGACUGUACAGUGUUUUUGGAGUGUUUACAACAAUAUUCCCUCUGUGACGCGGCUUCCAUUGAGAUGCAGCUAUCAUCUGAUGCGUGGAGAGAGGAGACCUCUCUGGGAAGAAGAGAGCAAUGCCAAAGGAGGAGUGUGGAGGAUAAAAGUGCCAAAAGAGAGCACGUCGGCAGUCUGGAAGGAGCUGUUACUCGCCACCAUCGGGGAGCAGUUUACAGACCACUGUGCUGCAGAAGACGAGAUAGUUGGCGUCAGUGUCAGUGUUCGCGAGCGAGAAGACGUCGUCCAGGUCUGGAACGGAAAUGCCUCGUUUGCCGGUGAAGCGAACGUUUUAGGGAAGAUCUAUGAGCUCCUCCCACAUGUACCCUUCAAAGCAGUGUUUUAUAAACCUCACAAAGAGCAUCACGCCUUUGAAGGAGGUCGUGCGAGACAUUAGCGGCCCACGCCCGGCUCACUGUCUUCCUGAUUCCUGUCCCAGGAGCUGAAUGCAUAUCCUGUUUAAAUAGUAGUCUGUUUGGUUAAUUUUAACAGAAAUCACUUUAUGGCUAGGGGAACAUUACAGAUGACUAUAUUUUUAUAGAUCCUGAUUACGAAGAUUUCCAAAAAUGCCUUUUGUCUCCCCAUGUAUGUUUUUUUUGCACUGCAGAGAAUUCAGGCACAGAUGUGUAAGGAAAAUGUGUUUGUUUUUCACUCUGUCUUUGGGUUUCGUCUGUUUUUGUGUCACAUGUUGGAUUUGGUCAAAGCUGUGAUGAGGUCCUGGGUGCUUCUCCCCACGCGGAGAGGCGACCGGCCCUGCAAAUGUGGGCUCAUACCCCCCUCCCCCCCGGAGCUUCUAGGGGGAGCCCCCCC